CAAUAGUUCUGCCAGAGUAGACAUAUUUACGUAUCAGCGGUGCAGUCUAGGGGUUUUGGCAACGAAUCGCAGCGUAUUCUUUUUUUUCGCAACACUCCAAACAAAUUAAAAAGAACAUGUCGUUCGUAAAGAAUGCGCGUCUGCUGGCCUCACGCGGCUCCCGUCUGGCCAUGUCGCGUGCCUACUCCGACGAGAUGAAGCUGACCUUUGCUGCCGCCAACAAGACCUUCUACGAUUCUACCGUGGUGCGCCAAAUCGAUGUGCCCUCCUUCAGCGGAGCCUUCGGCAUAUUGGCCAAGCACGUGCCAACGUUGGCUGUGCUGAAGCCAGGCGUUGUGCAGGUGUACGAUAAUGAAGGCAAAGUGUCCAAGUUCUUCGUCUCCAGUGGAUCUGUGACUGUAAAUGAGGACUCCUCCGUGCAGGUGCUGGCGGAAGAGGCGCACAACGUUGAGGACAUUGAUGUCAACGAAGCCAGACAGCUGCUAUCCAAAUAUCAGUCUCAACUCAGCUCAGCUGCUGAUGAGAAAGGCAAGGCAGAGGCUGCCAUUGCUGUGGAAGUUGCGGAAGCGCUCGUCAAAGCUGCCGAAUAGAUUUUUGAAUAGAUCUUAAUUAACAACAAGAGAUGAGUUUUAAAUACCAACACACAUAAUACAAAAUAUGAUGAAGUGCCGCAUUUAAGCUGGCAGCAAAACUGUUAUGAAACAAUAAAUGAAAUUAAUAACAUCCCAA